GUGGUGGCGCUGACCUUGUUUGUUAUCUCCUUCAACGUAUCGAUAGCAGUCGACCGUGACAUCACGCGGUUCUCUUAUCAGACAGUACAUAUGGCGAGCAUCUGUGUUUGUGACGCUCUCAAAAUACCUCAUCUGCACUCUUAUCAGUGAGCCAGGCUCAAAAUCCUGUACCAUUGCCUCUGAAAUGUCUCGGUCUGGGUCCUCACCGAUCGCUAUUGAAAACGGGCGCGACGGCCGCCGUCAUUCCGUUCUGUCCGACUUUAUUUCUGGAAGCGUGCCUUUCUCCACUUCAUUUAUUGACACAGGUCCCAACGUCCAGGAAAUCUUGACCAGAGACAUCCAAGAUUGCUCCUCCGAGGAAGAGGAUGAAGAUGACGACUCUGAUUCCGAGUCGAGGUCCAUCCAUGCGACCGAUGUGCAGCUAGCCUUCCAUCCCAACGGAGUUGCGUACGGGUCCGGCUUCUCAACUAUCCCGGUUCCAGGACGGGACGUUCCGGUCCCCAACCCUCAUGAAGUAGAUGAAUCGCUCCAAGCAGAGCUUGAUCUACUUCACGACAAUGAUAUUGUAACAUCCAAGCAUCCUCGCACAGGGUGGAGGGCCACCUUCAUGGGACGCCUUUACCGCUCCCUGUUCAGCACCAGGGUUCAAGACCACAAGAAGCCGAUCCAUUCUCCUCAAGACAUUACCGAGGCGACUCCGCUACUACCGGACAUGACUGUAACCUCCGGAGAAACAUCUGGAGAUGUCACGCCGACGCUAUCCCCGGAUGAAGUGCACAAACGGUGGGAAGAGGCCGUGGCUGCUCAUGACAUCAAGACGACCUGGCAGCGUGAGGCAAAGACGCUGGUGACAUACGCCGCACCGCUGAUUGCUACAUUUCUGCUGCAUUACUCGGUAACGGUUGGAAGCGUGCUGACGGUCGGCCGACUUGGAAUGGAGGAGCUUGCAGCGGUUAAUCUGGCCACUAUGACGGCUAGCAUCACUUAUUACGUCCCCGUUCAAGGGCUCGCAACCAGUCUGGACACGCUCUGUGCCCAGGCGUACGGGUCGGGCCAUAAACAUCUCGUGGGCCUACAGGCGCAACGCAUGACUUGGCUUCUUUGGUUACUCAUGAUACCUGUUGCAGUAGUCUGGUGGUUUUCGGAACCCAUCCUGGCGGCACUUGUCGGCGGUGGGCAGACAGCAACACUUGCAGCACUCUAUCUACGAGUGUUGAUAAUCGGCAUGCCAGGUGUCGCAGCCUUCGAAAGUGGCAAGCGCUUUGUACAGUCGCAGGGCUUAUUCCAUGCCACAACAUACACCUUGCUCAUUGGCGCUCCACUAAGCUUCCUGCAGAAUUGGCUGUUCGUCCUUCAAGCGGGUUGGGGUUUUGCUGGGGCGGCUUUGGCUAUGGCUGUCACACAGACUCUUUUGCCGAUCCUGCUCAUAUUAUAUGUGCAGCUCUUCGAGGGUUCUGAAUGUUGGAAAGGAUUUAGCCGCAAGGCCUUUAGUAAUUGGGGUCCCAUGAUCAGGCUGGCCCUGCCGGGUAUGAUUAUGAUCGAAGCUCAGUUUUCGGUGCUGGAGAUUCUCACUAUCGCCGCCGGGCGAUUUGGGACUGCACAACUUGCCGCGCAGAGCGUUCUUGUCACUGUGACAUCGACUUCGUUCAACAUACCGUUUCCGCUGGCUAUUGCAACUUCCACCCGCGUUGCUAAUCUCAUUGGAGCACAGCUAAGUGAUGCCGCACGUAUAACUGCGAGAGUGGCCAUCUUCGCCGCAUGUGCUGUGGGACUGUUCAACAUGACGAUUUUUGUUACUCUCCGAAGACAGUUACCCCGUCUAUUCACAGAUGACGACGAGGUGGUCGAAAUUGUGGCCCAAGUCAUACUCGUAUGUGCGGUGAUGCAAAUUUUCGACGCCAUGGCUGCCGUGUCGCAUGGCCUCCUUCGGGGUAUCGGACAUCAGGCAAUUGGAGGUUACGCGAAUCUCUUCUCGUAUUACGCAGUAGCAUUGCCUAUUUCGCUAUGGACAGGUUUUGCUUUGCAUUGGAAGCUGACUGGUCUAUGGACUGGGCUUACGAUGGGCCUUGCAGUCGUCUCGGGACUCGAGACUUUAUAUCUAUAUGUCACAGAUUGGGAGAGUGCCGUUGCUCAGGCUGAGGCUAGGAUGCGAUCGGAGACGAGAAGGGCCUCAGUAUUGGAGUAGUGAGUGGAGUGUCCGGCAGUAAGCGAUGGGAAGCGGGAUGUCGUGGAUGUCGUGGUUUCGAAUCAAAACUAGGACAGGGUGAACAAACAGUAGGGUUCUUUCUUACAAAGGGCCGGGAAGUCGCCUGAUGCCCAGGCUUUAGGGUCAACGGACGUGUUUGAACAAACGAUAUACAUAGCAAGUGAAAACGAUCCAGAGUUAAACCUGACGUUAGAG